AUGCAGAAAGCGGUACUAAAAUUGGAUGUUUGUUGUGAAAGAACCAAACAAAAAGCUAUGUCAACUGUCUGUUGUCUAUCAGGAGUCCAGUCGGUGGACAUUAAGGAAGGUAAACUAACGGUGGUUGGAGAGAUUGAUGCCUUUAUUAUUGUGAAGAAAUUGAAGAAGAUAUGUUAUACCGAGAUAAUCACUGUUGGACCGGCUAAAGAAUCUGAGAAGAAGCCUGAGCCGAAACCUGAUCCGAAACCACUACAAGUAAUUUGUCACUAUAUCCCCACAUGUUCUCCACCUUACUAUCAUAAUUUCAACGGAUGUGACGGUGAAAAUCCCCAUGGUUGGUAA